AUGGCGUUUAUGGUUUUGCUUUCGCAGGUUCAGCCCGAAGGUCUCCUAAGGGAGGAUGCGGGAUUGAAGGACUGGGAGGUCUUCCAUUCCACUACAUGUUUUUGCAUUGCUUUCUCCUACAAACUGCAUCUGGUUAACGAGAAGGGAUGGACGGGGUCGAUAUUUCGGACGCGGCGGGGUUCUACACGAUCCAAGGAGGCAACCUACGUACUUUACCUACCUGAGUGGCAAGGCGUGGCUGAGCACGUCACGGAGGGGGAGGGGAAGGGAGCUCUCGGACUCUUGGCGGUCGAAGCGACGACGGAUUUCACAGCUUUUCUUGGGAUUCUUGAAGAGACGGAGGACCUUGCCUUUGUGACCUUUGAGACCGUCGGGGAGUGGCAAGGCCUCUUUUUGGCUCGUCUGAUGAUAUUCAAAGUGAGGCAAUCAUGGGGUCGAUAA